AUGUCUGCCUCCGAGAUAGUUGCAGUUAACUCUGGAAACUCGAAAAAUUCUGAUGCUGCCGGACAUACGCAGAAUUUAUGUGAUGCUGAAAGUGAAAGUGAAAUGGAGGAUGUUAGAUUGGACGAAAGAAGCGUGGCAUCAACCGCUGAUGAUCCAUCAAGUAACAGUAUCUUGAAAGAAGCUAUUGAUGAUGUUGUUGAUAAUCAUGGUGAAGAAAAAGUUACUAAUGCGCAAGAUAAAAAUGACAAGUCUUUAAAAGAAGAGCACAUUGAACAGGUUGUGCGAAGUUCCGAAAAACAAUUUAAUUUGAUUAAGAGUAAAGUGGAAAAUAACACUGUAAUAAUCCACUCGGUAGAUGAAACACCUGACGAGACGUUUCAAAGGUUACAGCGGGGUCUGCAAGACAGAACUCUGACACACAAAGAAAUUGUUGAUUCAAUCUUUACUGUGCUCGUUGGUGGCGCAUUCGAUAUUGAAUCAAAGUUUAUCAUCGAAAAUUCCAGAAAUAUUAUUCGUAUGUUGCAUUUGUUGGACACAGCUCCAUCUCAUUUAGAGGCAGAAGUAUGGAGCGUAUUUAUUGGCGUUGUCAGGAAAAGUGCACGUAAUAUGCAAGCUUGCUCAAGGGUUGGCCUUGUUUUGGAGAUCCUGGAUCGGUUAUCAGGUAGCGAUGCAGUUGUCUCGGAUUUGUUGGUACAACUUCUUGGAGUGCUCACCACGUACAGUAUCACAGUUAAGGAGACCAAAAGAUUUCUUCUUGCUUUGAAGGCAGUAAAUAGGAAAUGGCGCAAGAACUCGAUCAAACUUUUGGAUGUGCUGGGAGAAAUGCCAAAACGCGAUGGUGCGGAUGUUUUCUUCUCCUUCCCUGGCGUGCAUAAUGCAGGUAUUGCAUUACCUCCGCUGACCAAGUGGCCUUAUCAGAAUGGCUGGAGUUUUUGUACCUGGUUGAAAAUGGACCCUUUAAAUAGUGUUAAUUUCGAAAAGGAGCGUCCAUACAUAUAUUGUUUUCGGACCACAAAGGGAGUUGGCUACAAUUGUUAUAUUAUGGGCAAUUGUUUGGUUAUCAGUUGUAUUAAAACCAUGAGUAAGGAAACAGUACGAUGUAUACGAUUUGAAUUGACACCCAGAAGAUGGCAUCAUGUUACAAUCUCAUAUAUUUAUUCUCGUUGGUCGAAGAGUGAAAUCCAGUGUUUUGUGGAUGGCCAAAUGAUUGAAUCCUUCGAUGUUCCAUGGUUAGUUUCAACAACAGAACAUUUUGAUAAAUGUAGUAUUGGUUGUGGCCCUGAUGGAGAAGAACCGUUCUGCGGGCAGAUAGCAGCGUUGUAUGUAUUUUCGGAAGCCCUAAAUUCGCAACAAGCUAAUGCAAUUUUUUGUUUGGGACCAUCGUAUCAGAGUCGUUUUCUACAUGAAGUCGAGACUGAUUUGUUUGAUGAUUAUAAAAAGUUUAUAUUUGAUGGAAAGCUCAGUGCUUCUAUUGUGAUAGCGUAUUCACCAAAGAACUGUGAUGGACAGCUGUGUCUGCAUUCAGCAUCUAAAACAGCUGCUUCGUAUUUUGUGCAGAUUCCGCAUGCCAUUAUGAAAGAGGGUGUCGAAGUGGUAAAAACAUAUUCAAUCCACAACUCAUUACAUUCCUUAGGUGGCAUACAGAUGCUUUUGCCUCUAUUUUCGCAACUAGACUUUCCUCAGUGUGAUGGAAAUGUUCGAAAAAUUGAUAUUUGCUCGAAAUUGUUAUCAGCUAUAUCAUUUCUGCUAAGAACUGCUUCAAGUGCUCCCCAGCAACUGUAUCACAGCAGGGCAUUUCUUGUCAUUUCUCAGGCCUUAUAUGAAUCAUCACCUUCAAACCUCAGUCAACAUGUAUUGGAAAUUUUAAUUGAUAUUUCAAAAUACCUAUUGACACUUCCUUCGGGAACACCGCUGUUGAAACAUCUUUUUGAUUAUAUUCUUUUCAAUCCUGAACUUUGGAGUAGAGCUGAUCCUACGAUACAAAUUCAGUUAUAUUAUUUUUUGGCGAGUGAAUUUUUGUCGAGCGCAAAUUUCUUACUGAUCGUGCAGCGUUGUGCUACUAUAAUUGAGGUACUCCAUGCUAUUAAGCUAUACUACUGGGUUGUUAUGCCACGUUCACCGUCAGUGUAUAGCGUGAUCAGUCGAGAAGGAAGGCCAUCCCGAAGUGAAGUAGUAACUAUACGCGCACAUAUGUUGACUUUCGUUUCUCGACUAAUCUGUGUGCCAGAUCCAAAGGAGAGUGGUAUUAUGAAUCGAGACAGUGAAUUUAACGCGUUAUUAAAUUUUAUCGCCACUGUAAACGAAGAUGAUAAUCUAUAUGAUGUGUUGGCUCUUACAACACGGUUACUUUCUGAAAAGCCGGCAGCAAUGGUACCGGCAUUCGAUCGAAAGAAGGGUCUUGCAGUUGUGUUUAAAUUGAUCAAUUCUGUCAAUGAGCUUGUUCGUAUACCGGCUUUAAAGAUAUUUGGUUAUUUCUUGUGUCGCUCAACGUUCAAGCGAAAAACAGAUUCAGUAAGCAAUCUUAAUUUAUUAUCCCUUAUAACCGAUCGGCUGUUAUUGAAUGCGAGUCAUCUUACUUUGGCAACAUAUAAUGUGCUAUUUGAAAUACUUACUGAGCAAAUGACACCAACGAUAAAUUAUUUGAUUCAUGUAUCGAUCAGCGAUGUAAUGAGAUUUGAAAAUCCUGCAAUGUUAAAAGUUAUUGCCAAUCUGAUAACACAAAGUGAAAAUAAUUUGGAAUUAAUGAAGGUGAAGCGAAUUUUCUUGGAAGAUCUACUUCAUAUGUGCGAAAACUCUCGAGAUAAUCGACGUACGAUUUUGCAAAUGAGUGUAUGGCAAGAAUGGCUUAUUUCAUUGGCUUACAUUUUUCCGAAAAAUGAAGCUGAAGUAGCAAUUAGUGAACUCGUUUAUCGCAUCUUUGCACAGCUUCUCUUCCAUGCUAUUUAUUUAGAAUAUGGUGGUUGGAGAGUGUGGGUCGAUACCCUCGCUAUUGCUCACUCAAAGGUAUCAUGGGAACGUCACCAGGCAAAAUUUCAUAGAGGUGGUGAGCGCGAAACGGACGUUAUAUUCUAUUUAGUCCAAAAUCUUGUUUUAUCUGUGGCUCGCACGGUAGAUGGACUUGUGGAUGAAGUGGAAAGGAAUCAUGAAUCGAAGAUAUCAGCUAAUCAGCCAAGUUCUAUCUACCGCACUCCGGAGUUUUGCUGGUCGGAUGUGCAUUUAAGAUUGCUUAAUGAUCUGCUUGUUUCAAUCGAAAAUACUGUGGAAGAGUGGAAGAAGGGCACAGCAGCAAUACUGGAUGUUGUGAAUAACAGUGAAAAUAGUAUAUUUGUUGCUAAUUGUGUUCAUGUCUUAUCCCAACUGAUCGAUUUGUUGGUAAUGGCCUGUGGUGGACUUCUUCCUCUUCUGGCUGCUGCUACGUCUCCUAGUAGCGAACUAGAAAUAAUGGAUUCGACAAAUCAAGCAUUGGCUGUAGGCAGUGCCGCUCGUUUGCUGACACGUUUCAUCAUUCUGGCUGAUGUUUUUAUCUUUGCGUCUGGAAUAAGUUUCAGUGAUCUUGAACAGGAAAAAAAUAUGCCGAGUGGUGGCAUAUUACGGCAAACAUUACGCCUUGUGUCAACAAUGACUGUACGGAAAAUACUUGCUUGUCGUGCAAAAACUUCCGUUGGCAAAAUGUUGUGCAUGGAUACUAAGCAAGUAAUGCGUGCGCAGCAGAUUGCUGAAUUUGUGUCAGACGCACUGGAGCCA